CUCGAAGUCGAUCCUGUGAGCGAAGAGGCCUCCUUUAAUUUGCGAGGGCUACACACGAAUCAGCUUCUUCUCACUCUCACUGUCGCUCUCACCCCAACUCUGAAUCUCACCUCACUCACCGACGACAAACUUUCACCAGCGAUCAUGCUUCGCCCUCGCAGCCGACAAUAGACAGUUCCCCGCCCAAGACUUAGUGGGUGCAUCGACAGUCGAGCUCUUCCUUCAGGUUCUGCAACUUCUGGGCUGCCGUAGUGGCUCUUGGUUCUUGGGUCCUGUUGGUAUUCCUAAGUCGUACAAAUGGACUCGGGCCCGCCUAUGAUACUGCCUAAGGGCAUUGUCAUCAACUCUAAAAACAUCUACAAAGAGGUCGCUGACUACGCCGUCGUCCCCCCUGAAAAGGUCUGGGAGUAUUGGCAUGUCUACACCACGACAUAUAAGAGGCUUAAGGAUCCUACUGCUUGUCGGUUAGAGAAUUUCUGGUGGCAUGUUUGGGGCAGCGACAGGAGGCUUCUCAAGGGCAGUACUCUGGCCAAGCUCUAUGAGGACAUCUCGCUUGGGCCAACCUUUGUCCCCCUCAAGGGGCCCCCAAAUCGAUGGGAGGGACCCGAUAUCCCCCCCAUUAUUAGACAGCUCAUGGAAGCGGUCCAGGCCGAGUCAUCUCCACUACCGCCUCCACCAGAGUCCCGCUCUUCGACAAAACCCAGCGAUUCGGUGUUAAGAACCCUAUCUUCCAGCGCAUCGAAGCCUCCUCCUCCGCACCCCAUCUUGAAAAAGGCUCGAGGCCCGUCCUCCUCGGGCCCCCGGCCCACGGCCCGUUUCGUCUCACCACACGAGUCUGCUGAUGAGGAUGAGAUACCGUCUUCGGGGAGCACAGCCGCUACGGCUUCCGAAGCACCGAUCUAUGUGGCUCCUUCGCCUAAAAAGAAGGCUUCUGCCCCCACAACGAAGAAGUUCGUGGGCGUUUCAGCUGCAACCAGGAGAAGGCCAGUGCUGCCCAAACGGCAUUCUCCUGAUGUUAGGUCUCGAGAAUCAGGCUCUUCAAGUGGGUCGCGACAUGCAGGCGUUCAACGCCUUGUAACCCCGAUCACCGAGCAGGAUUCGGAGCCGGUCAGCUCGGCGUCAGAGGACAGCAGCUCAUCUGUCCCACAGGAGCGUCCUGUGAUGAGCCAGAAGGCACUAGGUAAGCAACCUGCCAUCUCACGGCCACCGAUCUCUUUAAGGAAUGGCACACCCAAACAUGGGGCUCCAGCCCCGUCUCAAAUGAAACGACUCCAACCUGUUGAGCACGCGAGACCCAUCCUUUUCCAAACACACUCUCUGGUUGACCUUCCUGGUCACACGAGGAGAAGGGAUUCUUCAGCAUCUCGAUCAACCUUAGGGGUAGGAUCAUUAGAGAGUGGCUCUGGGUUUGAUGGUCCACCUACGAUGGCACGCUCCCUAUCUCAUGGGGGAUAUGACCCUGCCAAGUAUCCAAAUAACCGCCGAUCACCGGGUCUCUUUACGGGGGCGAAAGCAGAGACCACAAAUAUCGAUGUCAAGGGAAUGAUCCUUGAUCAGACCGGCCUAGGCUCCAUGCCUCAGCCAAGCAUGCUAGGCAGCCCCCCGGCCCAUCAUUCCAUCCCAAUCGAGCCCUCUAUUCUCGACUCCCGACUUACACCAACUCAACCCACUACAUCGGCCAGCGUACCUCUCGCACGCACAAAAAGCCAACUGAUGCUCCUCCUCGAGCGCGAAAAAACCAGAAACGGCAGCAAGCCGCGAUCUAAAAACUAGAUUUUUGUUUUUCGCUUAUACCCUCAAAAAUUCCCGCGCUUCGUUUGUACAUGGCCAAAUGCCGCAUGUACUGAGCCGUGGCUGUUUUAUAUGUUUCUUCAGUG